AUAUGCAACCGAUAAGACUGUGUGAUUGGUCAAGUGGUGAACAGCUCCGACAGCGGCGGAUUAAAGUUGUGGAGGUUCCCGUCCCCGUCGUCGUCGCCGCCCAGCGAUUAUCGAGUCAUUGAGUGAGACGUGAGACGUAAGGAGCGAGAAUUGGGAACGAGACCAUCGAAAUGGCGGUCGGCCGGGGCAGCAGUGUUGCGGCGAUGCCCAGCGAUGUCGUCGUUGCCCCCUCGGACAACUGCUGAAGCAGGAGCACAGAAGCUGAUGAGGCGCCACACCGAUCAAUAGCAAUCGAACAUCAAUUGAUCCAGCUGACGAGCGGACGAGCGAGCGCACUGCGACGACCAUCCUCCAUCCAGCCAUCGAGCCAAAGGAUAUCCGCACUCGCAAUCGCAUUCGCAGUCGCAGUCGGAGUCAGCGUCGCAUCGGACCAUCUAUCCAUCAGCUGACAACUGUCACCCGUCAUCCGUCAACUGUCAGAGCGACUCGCCGGGCGACUAGGCGACUCGGCGAAGACCAGUCCAACUGUCAUCGGCCGAAGCGGAAGAGCAGCGGACCCGGCCAGCACGGGACAGGACAGGACAGUGUCGGUACAGUGUCGAGCAGUGCCGGCGCAGCGUAGCGUGUAGGCGGCAAAAUGCCUGGCGGACGACGUGGACUGGUUGCGCCGCAAAACACAUUCCUCGAGAACAUCAUCCGGCGCUCCAACUCGCAGCCGGAUAGCUCGUUUCUUUUGGCCAACGCACAAAUCGUCGAUUUUCCGAUCGUCUACUGCAAUGAGUCCUUCUGCAAGAUCAGCGGCUACAACCGGGCCGAGGUCAUGCAGAAGUCGUGCAGGUAUGUAUGCGGCUUCAUGUACGGCGAGCUGACAGACAAGGAGACGGUGGGACGGCUGGAGUACACGCUGGAGAACCAGCAGCAGGAUCAAUUCGAAAUAUUGCUCUACAAGAAAAACAAUGUGCAGUGUGGCUGCGCCCUCUCCCAAUUUGGCAAGGCGCAAACACAAGAGACCCCACUAUGGCUGCUGCUGCAGGUUGCGCCCAUACGGAACGAAAGGGAUCUGGUUGUGCUGUUCCUGUUGACGUUCCGGGAUAUAACGGCCCUCAAGCAGCCCAUCGACAGCGAGGACACCAAGGGAGUUUUAGGUCUCUCGAAGUUCGCCAAGUUGGCCCGCUCGGUGACGCGGAGCCGCCAGUUCAGCGCCCAUCUGCCCACGCUGAAGGACCCCACGAAGCAGUCCAACCUGGCGCAUAUGAUGUCACUGAGUGCGGAUAUUAUGCCACAGUACCGACAGGAAGCGCCGAAGACGCCGCCACACAUACUCUUGCAUUAUUGUGCAUUUAAAGCAAUUUGGGACUGGGUGAUAUUGUGUUUAACAUUUUAUACCGCCAUCAUGGUGCCAUACAAUGUAGCGUUUAAAAAUAAAACCUCAGAGGAUGUUUCCCUUCUCGUGGUCGAUUCCAUAGUCGAUGUUAUAUUCUUUAUAGAUAUUGUUUUAAACUUCCACACCACGUUUGUGGGCCCGGGCGGAGAGGUGGUCAGCGAUCCGAAGGUGAUACGGAUGAACUACCUCAAGUCGUGGUUCAUCAUCGACCUGCUCAGCUGCCUGCCAUAUGACGUCUUCAAUGCGUUCGACCGGGACGAGGACGGCAUCGGGUCCCUGUUCAGUGCCCUCAAGGUGGUGCGGCUGCUGCGGCUGGGUCGGGUUGUGCGGAAGCUCGACCGCUACCUGGAGUACGGGGCUGCCAUGCUGAUCUUGUUGCUCUGCUUCUACAUGCUGGUGGCGCACUGGCUGGCCUGUAUUUGGUACUCGAUUGGGCGCAGCGAUGCGGACAAUGGGAUCCAAUACAGCUGGCUGUGGAAGCUGGCGAAUGUCACGCAAUCUCCGUACUCUUACAUCUGGAGCAAUGACACGGGGCCGGAGCUGGUGAACGGGCCGUCGAGGAAGAGCAUGUAUGUGACGGCCCUGUACUUCACCAUGACCUGCAUGACCUCGGUUGGCUUUGGCAAUGUCGCCGCGGAGACAGACAACGAGAAGGUGUUCACCAUCUGCAUGAUGAUCAUUGCAGCUCUGCUGUAUGCCACAAUCUUUGGUCAUGUGACCACCAUCAUACAGCAGAUGACCUCAGCGACGGCCAAGUACCACGACAUGCUCAACAACGUGAGGGAGUUCAUGAAGUUGCACGAGGUGCCCAAGGCCCUCAGUGAGCGCGUGAUGGACUAUGUUGUCUCUACGUGGGCCAUGACCAAGGGUCUGGACACCGAGAAGGUACUAAACUAUUGUCCGAAAGAUAUGAAGGCUGACAUAUGUGUUCAUCUAAAUCGCAAAGUAUUUAACGAGCAUCCGGCAUUUCGUCUGGCCUCGGAUGGUUGUCUCCGCGCUUUAGCGAUGCACUUCAUGAUGUCCCAUUCGGCGCCCGGAGAUCUGCUCUACCACACCGGCGAGAGCAUCGACAGUCUCUGCUUCAUUGUGACAGGAAGCCUGGAGGUGAUACAGGACGAUGAGGUUGUGGCAAUACUGGGCAAAGGCGACGUCUUCGGCGAUCAAUUCUGGAAGGACUCGGCCGUUGGCCAGAGCGCGGCCAAUGUGCGCGCUCUGACCUAUUGUGAUUUGCAUGCCAUCAAACGUGAUAAAUUGCUCGAAGUCCUCGAUUUCUAUUCGGCAUUUGCGAAUAGCUUUGCACGCAAUCUGGUGCUCACCUACAAUCUCAGACAUCGACUGAUUUUUCGCAAGGUGGCCGAUGUGAAGCGCGAAAAAGAAUUGGCCGAACGGCGUAAGAACGAGCCGCAAUUGCCCCAGAAUCAGGACCAUCUCGUUCGCAAGAUCUUCUCCAAGUUCCGACGCACCCCCCAGGUGCAAGCCGGCAGCAAAGACCUUGUCGGUGGCGGCACGGGCUCUGGUCAGAGCGAUGUCGAGAAAGGCGACGGCGAGGUGGAACGCGUUAAGAAGCUACCAGCCAAAUUGACAUUAACCGAGGACUCACGCAUCCUAACGACCGCCGCCGUACCAUCACCAUCGCCAUCACCCUCGCCCUCAUCGGGUCCACCAUCUGCGCGGAGUACCCGUGCCAGCAAGUGGGGACGCCUUCUGGGCAGUUCAAGCGUCGAUUCAGCUAGCGACACUAGCGCCAAGGUAGCCGUCUCGAGAAGUUUGAGCGCCCGCGAGAGUCUCCGUGAGAGCACUGCCCAGGCGCGGCAGAGUAGUACUUCGAGUAGCAAUGGUGGACAAGGCAACAAACAUUUACAAUUAAGCAAAGUUUUCCCAAAGGCGCCCAAGCUGCAGGCGAGCCAGGCGACGCUCGCCCGCCAGGACACCAUCGACGAGGGCGGCGAGGUGGACUCCUCUCCACCCAGUCGCGACAGCCGUAUAGUCAUCGAUGGAGGGGCGGCCUCGACUACCGUGGGAGCCACUGCAGCAGGGACGGCAGCGGCAGCAGCAGCAGCAGCAGCAGCAGCAGCGGCAGCGUCAGGAGGUGCGGCAGUCACAGGCCCGGGCUCAUCGGGUUCUGGCGGAGGGGCCGGAGCAGUGACGGCGCUGGUGAAGGGAGAGCGCAACCUGGCCCUGGAGCGAGAACGCCAGAUUGAGAUGGCCAGCUCGAGGGCCACCACCUCGGACACGUACGACACGGGCCUGCGCGAGACGCCGCCCACGCUGGCGCAGCGAGAUCUCAUCGCCACCGUCCUGGACAUGAAGGUGGACGUGCGGCUGGAGCUGCAGCGCAUGCAGCAGCGGAUAGGCCGCAUCGAGGACCUGCUGGGCGAGCUGGUGAAGCGGCUCGGACCGCAGCAGGGGGGGGACAACAGCAGCGGCCAGACGACGCCCGGCGACGAGAUCUGUGCGGGCUGCGGCGCGAGCGGCGUCGCGGCAGGUCCAGGAGCAGGACCAGGGCCAGGACCGGGGCCAGGACCGGGGACAGGGCCUGGGCCGGGCACGCCCACGACCCCGGCCACAGUGACGGUCACCACGCCCGUAGACACUGUGAUAACCAUCUCAUCGCCCACGUCAGCAGCGGCACCAGGGGCUGGGGCUGGCGCUGGCAGCGGUCUACUAAAUCCAGGCGUCCCAGUUGUGUCGAGCGCGGGAGGCAACGGCCUGGGGCCACUGAUGCUCAAGAAGCGACGCUCGAAGAGCAGGAAAGCACCGGCGCCUCCUAAGCAGACACUCGCCUUGGCCGGCGCGGCCUCAACGACCACAACUCUGACGGGCGCCGCUGGAUCUGGUACGACGAGCGUGGCAGCGUCAGCGUCACCUGCAGCGGCAGUGGCAGCGGCAGCGGCAGCAGGGGCAGGCUCUCCCAGCGGCGCUUCUCCAACGGAACUGCUGCACCUGCGGCUGCUCGAGGAGGACUUUACGGCGGCCCAGCUGCCGCCCUCGACACCGACAGCCACGACCCCGACAUCGUUGGCCACGCCUCCGGGCAGCGGCACGCCAGCGGCGGGUAGUGCCACCACCUCGCCCACGGGCCCGCCACCCACGCUACCAACGACCACAGGCAGCAGCGGUCCAAGGGGCGGCAAACGGGAGUUCCUCUAGCCCAAGAUUCUGUUGCGGCAUCAGUCUUCGGCUCCGGCUUCGGGCUCAGCUUCGGCUUUGGCUUCAGCUUCCGCGGAGAACAUGGAGAGCAUGGAGCAAUAAAAUAAGCCACUAGGGGGAGAGGGAUGCUCCCGGCCAUGCCCAUGCCCACGCCCACGCCUAUGCUAGUUAGACUAAAUAUAUAUUAAGAUAAUUAAUGCUGUAACCUGUAACCUCAAGAGCUAGACUAACCUCCAAAAAGCUCACUGCUCCAACAUGUAUCUCUCUCUCUCUCUCUCUUGCUCUGAAUCUAUCUCUCUCUCUGUCUCUCUAUCUCUCUCUAUGUCUCGAUGUAAGAAUACCUUUCCAUAACUCGUAUCUCGCUUUUCUCUCACCGAACUAAACACACACACACACACACACACACUGAAUGGAAGUGCUCGAUACUUGAUAUUCGAUACUUUAGCCCAUUAGCCGAUCCGCGAUGAUUAGCGAUAGCGAUAGAGAUAACGAUUACGAUUAAGGCAGAGCAUAUUGCUUACGAUUUUGCUACAUUUACUGCAAUUAUUUACCUUUAUACAUGUACACGGAUAUACUAAAGGGGAUAGGGAUAUAACGUAGAUAACGUCACAGAUGGACAGACAAGGAUGAUACGCAGAUACGGUUAGUUGUAUAUACAUGGAUAACUUUGUGAUAACUGCUGAAGUGCGAAGGGAGGCGAAAGAAAAAACAGAAAGAAAGAAACGACGAAAGCUAACGACAGAGAUCGAUCAAUGCCCGUGAAUUGUACAUAGCAUAUAGCAUAGCCUAUACUCAUCCUGCGAGUAGCCUAGGAUCACACACACACACACACACACGCCCAAAACCCCCCCAAGAGAGAGCUGGAGGAGAAGAUCCCAAUGGGGAUUGAUAUGUACAUACAGACAUACUCGUAUGGGUAUCUGGCCCGUCCUAUUACUUAACGAAAACUCGAAUGAAGGGAGAAACUCGGAUUGAAGAGCACCAACCACUCUCGCAGCACUCGCACUACUCGCUUGGCUCUCCUGUAGGAUUAGGCUCGUAGGUACAUAACUCAACGAAGAUACUCAAGAAUGGAGGACGAAGCUCCGCUCCCAGUACGAGAUAUACUCACCAACACACAAGACACACACUAACAAAAAGUUGCGACAAUCGACAGACCUAAGAAAAGAAAAUAAGAAACUAAGAAAAAGAAAAAGAAACAGAAUAGGAAACAGAAUAGGAAACUACCUUAUAAAGAAAACCUCUUCAACCUAAAAGAGCAAACAGAAAAACCAAAAUUUGUAUAGAGCGUGUAAAUAUUUGAAUUACGAAUACUAUUUGGAAACCAUACAGACAUGCAUACAUAUGUAUAUGUUAAUGUUCAUUACACUCACUCUCAGACCUACACAUAUUUUGUGAUACAAAAAUUAGCUGAAAAUAGUACCCAAAAAUAACAUAAAUAUUUGUUAACGCUUAUACCCGAAGCAAAAGCAAGAGGAGGGCGCAAAGAACAUUUGUUAGAGAACUAUGCUUUAUGUAGCAUAGAUCAAACUAGAAUAUAUUGUAUAAUGGUGCGGAUAUCGCAAAGAUGCAAGUAUACAAAUACUAAUGGAGAUGAGUCCUGAGCAGUUGAAAAGUUUAAUGGCAAGGUUUCAUUACGUUUAAGUCGCCAGAGUCGCAGUCCACUCGAAGUUCGUUCUGUUCCUGUCUGAGGUUCGAUUUUGCCGUACAUAUACUCCUAAUGUAGAGGUCGGUGGCAGACUUCCCAUUCCCUCCCAAAGCAAUACGAAUACGAACUGUCUUCCUGCCAUUGCUGGAGGUGUGGGGGCGGGUGUCUGGGGAUAUGGGUUGGGUUGGGUUGGUUUGGGUUGGGGCUGCUGCAGAUACUCGUGCUAGUUACUUAGUUUUAGUGCGAUUAGUAGUUUCAUUCUGAAAUCGGAAAUCACACACACCACACACACACAUAUAUAUAUAAAUCCAAUACUCCAAAAUGAAUCAAAAAAUUUAAAUAGGAAUAGCGAAAAACAAAUUUGUUGCAUACGCUUAGGCGCUCAUUUAUAGUCGAAAGUUGAACGAAUGUAGGACUCAGCGGGGUCAAACUGUAUAUAGAUUUUUUUUUAAAUAUAAAUAUAGCUAUUAGUUAUUUAUUACUAGGCGAACCGAACUAACCAGAAGAAGGAAUGAGCCACACAGACUCGGUCUGACUGGUGAGCCCAGCAAUAUGUAUUAGUAUUUCGAGGGCCCUUGUUGAGUCGGGCCUGAUGGUAGACACUUUAUAUACAUCUUAGACUGGGAUUUUAAACUCAUUCAAGGCUUCCUCUACAUCCACCUCUUUACCUUUCGCCCGAUCGCUUCUGGCCCUUUGUUGGUUUUCUUAUGGGAGUCUUUUAGGUCUAAACUACACAGAGCCUUAUACAUUUAUGAAACAAGCAACUAACCAAAAGCAACUAAAGCAAACAGCAAGAAUGAAUUCAACAAGCUAGAAACAUGAACCUAUACUAACAUUAACAUUAACAUUAGCAUUAGCAUUAACUUUAAUAUUAAACAAAAAAACAGACAUGAAACAGACGUAAAACUAAUACCGAAUGUAGGUAAGAAAGGUGCAAUUACAAUUUUUAGAUCAAGCUAAGCGAAAACGCGAGCAAUUUAGUCGAAAUUUAUAAUGAAAAAUUUAUAUAUGUACGAGUAUGCAUACCCAUACAGACGAGGAAUUGCGAGUACACACACAUUCAGACAGAGAUGUACAUAUAUACUCCCAAGCCGACACACACACACACAGAAAUGUCUAAUGGUGAUGUUCUUGCCUUCACUUUCGCCUAAAAAACGCCCCAAUUCAGUCUGAUAUAUAUAUAAAGAAGAAGGAGAGAAGGCAGACGAAGGUCCGUUCGGUUAGAAGAGCCAAAGAAACUGAUGUAGUCGUAUGAAUAUAUAGAUAACAUACACGUAUAUAUGCUUAUACACACAUACAUAUGUGUAUAUAUGUAUGUGUGUACGAGUAUUUUCAAGAUUACCUCUAGUUACACCUAGAACGAGAACGAGAACAACCUAACAAAAUUAAGCUUUUAUACGCCAGAAUUUUUUUCUAAGAAAAAUACAAACAAGAAAAUACUCAAGAAUAUACAUAAAAAAAAUACAAAAUAAAAAAUCAAAUAAAAGCCAGAGAAGAGAGAACACGCCACUCAAUUAAACAAGAAUACCGUAAAUGAAAUUAAUUUAAUUAUACAAUACAAACAAAAUGGGUCAGGAAUGAUAUACAUAGACGAAAGCCUUAACCCAAAAAAAGAAAAAGAACAAGAAAAAAAAAGAAAACAGAAAACAGAGAAAAAUAAUUAGUCGCGCCUCGUUUUUGUUUUUUAUUUUGUAAGUUCCACAGCAAAGCUAAGCAAAGAAAACCAAAAGUACGAGUACUAUAUACUAAAUAUAUACCGACAAAAUACCAAACCAAACAAGCAACUAACUUAGCAUUAUGCUCUAGAUUCUAGAACAAAGAACCAAAAUUUUACAACAACAAAAACAACAACAACAAAAACAAGAACAAGAACAAAAGCGAGAAAGCAAUGUCAAACAUUUUCCACCAAUUUGAGAAGCAUAGUUGUUAAAAUACCUUUAAAAUACCUAUAAAAUACUGAAAACGAUUUCGUACACGCGCCCUUUUGUUUUUAAAACGUCGUAAAGCUGCCUAUUUAUAUAUUUACAAACAAACGAAGAGAAAAACCAAAAUACACUUAACUACAAAUUAAACAAAGAACAACCAAAAAAAAAAAAAAAAACAAAAUAAAAAACAAAAAACCAGAAAAAAGUACAUAUUAAAAUAGCUAAAUUCCAAGUAAAGUGAGGCAAAACGAAGCAAAACAAAAAACAAAACGAAAACA